AUGCCUACUUACGAUAGAACGGGGGACCCCAGCGAUCACUUAGUCGGCUUCCAGGCAAAGAUGAUGGUAAUAGGGGAGGAGGACCCUAUGUACUGUCGCGCCUUUUUCUCAACUCUAGGUGGGGCAGCGCAGCGUUGGUUACUAUCUCUACUGCCAGGGUCCAUCGACCGUUUCGGAACCCUAGCCGAGCAAUUCCUAACCUACUUUGCAGGAAGCAUGAAAGCAAAGCACUUCAUGACCCUAACUACCAUACAACAAGGAGAAGCUGAGACACUAAAAGAGUUCUUAAAAAGAUGGCAGAAGGAAGUACAGGCUGUGGAAGAUCUGGACGAUCGAACGACCCUCACUUUAUUCAAGGAAGCCCUCCGGUCAGGGGAUCUGUUCACUAGUCUGCGAAGGGAGACCCCCGACACGUAUGCACAGGCCAUCCAGAGGGCCAACAAAUAUGCGGAAACAGAAGAGGCUUUGUGA